AUGGGCCUGGGAAAGACACUGCAGACGGUUGCGUUCGUGUACACUUUGCUCAAUGAGAUUCUGGAGGGCAGCGCCGAUUUUGCGCACUCGACAUUUGGCACCCGCCGCGUGCUCGUGCUAUGUCCGCCUACGGUGCAGUCGAACUGGGCGGCCGAGUUUGAAAAGUGGACGGGCGUCGGCCACACGAUAUUGUCUUUGUCAAAGCCAAGGGGGCCCGUGCUGCCUGCGCCGUACGACGCGGCGUCGGAUCCUGUCCAGCAGCAACGUGUCUUGCACGCAGUGCGGGUUCGGGCGCGGCGGGUCAUCACGCAGGUCGUAAGCUUUGGGGCGAUGACCAGCAGCAAAAUGCAGAUGGCGGCGCUGAAGUCGUGGCAUGCUCAUGGCGGCGUGCUUAUAAUGGGGUACCAUGUUUUCCGGAGGCUUGUGCAGCGGGCCACCACUGCCACCGAUUUAUUGCGCAAGUAUCUGAUCGACGAGGGGCCGUGCCUGGUGAUUGCCGACGAGGGCCACUGUAUUAAAAACCCCGAGACACAACUGGCAAAGGCAGCCAACAUGCUGAAGACGCGCGCACGCAUCUGCCUGACCGGGUACCCUCUGCAGAACCGGAUCGAAGAGUACUGGACGAUGGUUGACUUUUGCUACCCACAGUUCCUUGGCGAUCUGGCAGACUUUCGCUACCGCUACAUCAAGCCGAUCAACGAUGGCAUGUAUGUGGACGCAACUAAAGACGACAAGCGCCGCAGCAAGCUGCACAUGGGGAUGCUGCAGAAGCUGCUCGAGACGAUGGUCGACCGGCGCGACUCGGGGCUGCUAUAUCACGAGCUACCGCGCAAGGUUGAGUAUUUUAUAUCGUGCCCACUGACGCCGAUGCAAUCGCAGCUGUACAUCGAGUACCUCGCGCGUUUUGCGGGAAUCGGGCUUGGGGCCAGGGAGGGGACCAAUAUCGGGCUGUUGCAGCACGGCCACUUGCUGCUGACCAUAUGCAACCACCCGGCCGUGUUUAAAGCGUCAGUUGAAGAAAACCGCCGCCGUCGCCAGCAGCAGCAGCAGCAAAGACAGAGGCAGCAGAUACAGCAGCAGGCGGAUUUGUCGGCGAUAAUAGAUGAUGUAGCGGAUAUUGCGGCCAUCGAUGAGGAAGGCAAGUGUGAUGGCGACGAGUUGACCAGCCGCAUUGCCGACGACGACGCGUGGUGCCGCGAGAUUUACGAAAGGCACUGCGGGAGCAGCCAGCCGGGCAUUGCUAUCGCGGAUGAUAUCGCGGAUGAUAUCGACAACAGCGGCGUGCAAAAUCCCGAGCACAGCACGAAAGUGCGCAUGGCGCUGCACAUCAUCCGCGAAAGCAUUGCUUGCGGUGAACGCGUGCUGGUAUUCUCGCGCAGCAUCCCGACGCUCGACUACUUGCAGCGGGCCAUCGAGCACGCAGGCAUUGCGGGCUGCGAUGGUCAGAAACAGAAAGGGCGGAUCCAGAGCACACCCAAUAAGAUGAUGCGCAUUGACGGCGCGACGCCCGUCACCCACCGGCAGAGCUUGAUCGAUGGGUUCAACGCCGACGACUCGCUGUAUCGCGUGUUCUUGAUUUCUUCGGGCACUGGGUCGAUCGGGAUCAAUCUGGUUUCGGCUAGCCGCGUUAUUCUGUUUGACAUUGGCUGGAACCCGCUGUACGACGACCAAGCAGUCGCUCGCGCGUACCGCUACGGUCAGAGGCGGCGGGUGUACGUGUAUCGGCUGCUGACCACCGGCACUUGGGAGGAUCGGCUGCUCAGCAACAACAUUUUCAAGGUUGGGCUCAUUCGGCGUGUGGUUGACAAGCAGACAAUGAACCGGCGCGUGUCGAAACAAGAUUCACAAAAGUACUUGCAGCUGCCGCCAGCGCGUCCGCCCUUG